CAUCACCUCUGCAGCAACUCUUACGAAGUAUAUAGUAGUAUUUUACUCUGAGUUCAGUGUCAAUAGCUCAAAAAAAUGAAGGAUUUUACAGUUUUGCUUUUUUUUUUGGUUGAAGUAGUACAAAAUGUCAAAAAUUAGAAGGAAGGUCACAGUGGAAAAUACCAAGACCAUAUCCGAUAGCACAUCCCGAAGACCCAGUGUGUUUGAAAGGCUUGGACCCAGCACAGGAAGUACUGCAGAGACACAGUGCCGUAACUGGCUGAAGACUGGCAACUGCCUCUAUGGGAACACAUGUAGAUUCGUACAUGGCCCUUCACCACGAGGUAAAGGCUAUAGCAGCAGUUAUAGAAGGUCGCCAGAAAGGCCAACAGGGGAUCUUCGAGAAAGAAUGAAGAACAAACGUCAGGACGUUGAGGCUGAGCCACAGAAACGAAAUACAGAGGAAUCCUCCUCUCCUGUUAGGAAAGAGUCUUCACGAGGAAGACAUAGAGAAAAGGAAGAUAUCAAAAUUACAAAAGAAAGGACACCAGAAAGUGAAGAGGAAAAUGGGGAUUGGGAAGCAAAUAGAGAAGACUCUGAUAAUGGAGAUGUUAAUUAUGACUAUGACCAUGAGCUGUCUUUGGAAAUGAAGCGCCAAAAGAUUCAGAGAGAACUCAUGAAGUUGGAGCAGGAAAACAUGGAGAAACGAGAGGAAAUAGUAAUUAAAAAAGAGAUUUCUCCAGAGGUGGUUAGAUCUAAACUAUCACCGUCUCCAUCACCGAGAAAGUCUAGCAAAUCUCCAAAACGAAGAUCCAGUCCCAAAUCUUCCUCCUCAGCUAGUAAGAAAGAGAAGAAAGCAUCUGCUGUAUCUUCACCACUUUUGGAUCAACAAAGGAGUUCUAAAAGUAACCAGAGUAAAAAGAAAGGUCCUCGUACCCCUAGUCCUCCUCCUCCAGUACAAGAGGAAACUCCCCUAGGAAAAAAGCACAAGGAGAAACAUAAAGCAAAAGAACGUUCAGAAGAAAAAACGAGGGAGGUGAAAGAGAGAGGGCGCGACUUUGAGAGACACAAGGAGAAAAAAGAGAAGCAGAGGGAUCCUUCGGAGGGCUCGCACAGGCAGAAGCGCUCCCCGAGCCCCGCCGAUCAUUCCGGCAGCAAUUCCUCUCCUUCCCGGGAGUACUCGCCACCGGCUGCGAGGCGAAGGCAGGCGUCCCGGGCUCCAGCCAAGGCAGCCACGCACAAGCAGAGCUUCUCACCCUCUCGCAGGUCUGCGUCACCAUCAGGUCAACAUCAUUCUCCCCUCUCCUCCAGACAUCACUCCUCCUCGUCGCAGUCGGGCUCCUCCGUGCAGAGACACUCUCCGUCCCCGCACCGCAAGAGGAGCCCCUCUCCCUCGUACCCAAGGGCAGCGUCCCCGCCGGCGAGGCGCUCGGCCUCUCCCUACCCGCCGCGCUCCUCCUCCUCCCCGCAGAGGAAGCGGAGCCCGUCGAGACACCGCUCUCCCGGGCGGGAGAAGGGACGGCACGAGCGCACCUCGCAGCCCCACGACAGGCGCCACGACAGGAGGGAUGAGACUAGAGGGAAAAGGGAGAAAGAAAGAGAAACAAGAGAUGAUCGUGAUUAUGACCAGGAGCAGAGCACCUCCAGGGACCACAGAGAUGACAGAGAAUCUCGUGAUGGGAGAGAUCGGAGGGAGACGAGAGAUAACAGAGAUCGGAGGGAGCCACGGGAAUCCAGAGAUACUCGAGACUCCAGAGAUACGAGGGAUUAUAGCAGAGAUAACAAAGACAGUCGUGAUCAGAGAGACUCGCGUUCGACACGAGAUUCACAUGACUACAGGGACAGAGAGAGUCGUGAUGCCCACAAAAAGGAUGACCAGUAUCAGGAAGACUCGCGCAGCUACGGAAGAUCCCAUGGCAGAGAAGAGAGCUCUCGUGCUGACACAAGAAAUGACUCCAGAAGUGACUCUAGAAACGAAAGCAGAAGUGAUCGAACUGGCAGAAGUCGAGGCAGAGGUCCAGAAUUAUCUGAAAAGGGAAGUCGUGGGACUAGAGGAUCCCAAGUUGAUGGGCACAGUAGUAGUGGAAACUACCAUGACAGUUGGGAAUCACGGAGUAGCUACCCUGACCGGGACCGCUACGAUAGCAGAGAGCAAGCAAGGGAUUCCUCCUUUGAAAGAAGGCAUGGAGAACGGGACAGGCGUGACAACAGAGAAAGAGAUCAGAGAGCAAGCUCCCCAGUGCGACACCAGGGAAGAAGUGAUGACCUUGAGCGUGAUGAAAGGAGGGAUGACCGAAGGGUAGAUCGGACUGACGACAGAAGAGAUGAAAGGGCCAGGGAGAGAGAGCGAGAACGGGAGAGAGAUCGAGAGAGGGAACGAGAAAGAGAUCGGGAAAGAGAAAGGGAGAAGGAAAGAGAGUUGGAACGAGAUCGUGCUCGGGAAAGAGAGAGGGAGAGAGAGCGGGACAAGGAUAGGGAACGGGACCGAGACAGAGACAGGGACCAUGACAGGGAAAGGGAACGAGAGAGAGAGAGAGAAAAAGAACGAGAGCGAGAGAGGGAGGAGCGAGAGAGGGAGCGAGAGCGAGAAAGAGAUCGAGAACGGGAACGAGAAAGGGAGAGGGGUCGGGACAGGGAUAAAGAAAGAGACCGUCAGAGAGACUGGGAUGACAAAGAGAAAGGAAGGGAAGACCGCAGGGAUAAGAGGGAGGAUCUCCGAGAAGAAAGAAGUACGAGAGAUGUCCAUGAGGAAAGAAAAUCCAAGAAACGGCACAGAAAUGAAAGUAGUCCAAGUCCUCGUCAUCCUCGUCAGUCACCCAAGCGUCGCCGUGAGCACUCCCCUGAUAGUGAUGCUUACAACAGUGGAGAUGAUAAAAAUGAAAAGCACAGACUUCUGAGCCAGGUUGUGAGACCGCAGGAAUCCCGGUCACUGAGCCCCUCUCACGUUGCAGAAGACAGACAGAGUCGCUGGAAAGAAGAGGAGCGGAAAUCGGACAGAAAGGAAAGCUCCCGGCGUUAUGAAGAACCAGAGUUUAAGGAAAGGGUUUCUUCAGCAGAUAAGCAAAGGGAACAACCAGAUGCUACAGAAGGCUCCAGGUCCAGGGUCCAAGAAAACCUUGGACACCGUCCUUCUGAAGAAAGAGAUGCAUCUGAUAGACUGCAUGAUGACAGCAAGAAGAAGUCUAAAGUACAGAAAAAGGCAACAAAGAAAAAGAAAGAUGAUGAUAGUGGAGUGGAACGAUACACAAAUGAGUCAAUAGCUGAGGAAAACCAGGUCUUUUCACCCAAGAAAGGUCAAAAAAAGAAAAAUGUAGAGAAAAAGCGGAAGAGGUCCAAGGGUGACUCUGAAGUUUCUGAUGAAGAAGUUGUUCCACAUCAUAAAAAGAAAAAAGGUCCAAGAACACCUCCUGUAACGAAAGAAGAGUUGGUUGAAGCACCGCCUGAGAAAGCUGUGGCAGAAGUCCCCUCAAAAAGAGAAGACACAACAUUUAGUGACUGGUCAGAUGAAGAUGUUCCCGAGCGCGGUGACAUUGUUGUUCCAGAAAGGAACACGGAGGACUCCCAUAGAAAAAGUCAUAGGACAAGGGGCGAGAAGUUGGAAGCCCCUCACGUGACCAUAGAAGAUGGCCCACACCGCAAGCCCGUGGAUCAGAAGCGCAGCAGCAGUCUGGGCAGCAAUCGGAGCCACACCUCGAGCAGACUGCGAUCCCCUUCCAAUGAGUCUGCCCAUCGCAGUGGGGAUGACCAGGCUGCACGGAAAAGGAUCCUUCACAGCAGCUCUAGAGACAGGGAUAGGGACCGGGACAGAGAAAGAGAGAAGAAGAGCUUGGAAAUCACUGGGGAACGGAAGUCCCGAAUUGAUCAGUUGAAACGAGGGGAACCCAGUCGCAGCACAUCUUCAGAUCGUCAAGAUUCCAGAAGCCACAGUUCAAGAAGAAGUUCUCCCGAAUCGGAUCGUCAGGUCCAUUCCAGAUCUGGGUCCUUUGACAGCAGGGAAAGGCUUCAGGAGCGGGAUCGCCAUGAACAUGACCGGGAACGAGACAGAGACAGGAGAGAAGGAAGACAGAGAGAUUGGGACCGAGACGUUGACAAAGACUGGCCGAGGAGCAGGGAACGAGAGAGACUCAGGGAACGAGAGAGAGAGAGGGAGAAAAGGAGGGAGCUGGACAGAGAACGAGACAGGCAACUUCCUGAUACUGCGGAAAGAGAUAGAGACAGAACUCUUGACAUUGCCUCGCAAAAGGAAUCGGCAAAACACGGGGAAUCCAAGCUGGACCGAGAUCACGAAAAGGACUUUGACGGCGUUUGUCGGGAUGCUGCCACUUCAGAGAAGGAAAGAGCAGACAAAGAUUUAGGACCUUUGCAAGGGUUUGAAGAUGGAAACGAGGCUGAAAAAGUAGAGAGUUUAGAAGGAGGGGAAGAUGAAACAAAGAUUGAUGAUGUUCAGUCCCUGGGGUCAGGUGCUGGGGAGUACGAGCCCAUCAGUGAUGAUGAACUGGAUGAGAUUCUGGCAGGCGACGCUGAAAAGCGGGAAGAUCAACAGGAGGAUGAGAAGAUGCCUGAUCCUGUAGAUGUUAUAGAUGUGGAUUGGUCCAGUCUUAUGCCAAAGCAGCCAAAAGAACCAAGGGAGCCUGGGGCUGCACUCUUAAAAUUCACCCCAGGUGCUGUUAUGUUGAGAGUCGGCAUUUCCAAACGAUUGGCAGGACCAGAGCUCUUCACCAAAAUUAGAGAGACUUGCCAGAGGGUAUUAGAAAAACCUAAAGAUGCAGAAAACCUUUUUGAACAUGAACUGGGAGCCUUGAAUAUGGCAGCACUUAUACGAAGAGAAGAGAGAGCAGGUCUUCUGAGCAACCUGGGUCCUUGCUGCAAAGCACUGUGCUUUAGAAGGGAUUCUGCAAUUCGUAAACAGCUAAUGAAGAAUGAAAAGGGUGCAACGAAACAAACUUACACCAAUCCUGCAGCAAUGGACAGUGACUUGUUACGGUUGAGUCUACGGUUAUUCAAAAGAAAGACUGUGUGCCAAGUUUCUGGGCAAGAAAAGACAGAAGAAGGUAAAAUUCCCCAGCCAGCCAUCCAGCAAGAAGUGUGUGUAUCUUAGGCAUCCGGCUGCUGCAGCACUUUCUGGGUGAAUUCCCACUGCCAGUGUUGCUGUCGCUGUUUAGAACUGGAUGGUUGGAAAGCAACUGUAGAAGAUGGAGGAAAAAAAAAGCUGUUCUUACACAGAGUGUUUGGGGAUGUGAAUAAAAGUGGUAGAAAGUAAAGACUUCUGUUUGCAUUUCUCUGCAAGUUUUGUGAUAUUGAAUCUUACACUGUAACAUAGCCCUGUUUUAUGGUGCGUCAAGUGUAAUAAUGUGAAGAUGUCUGGUUUUAGCAGUUUAUAACACCACCUGAUAUUAAACUGAGGAAAACUG